CGGGCGAGGCAGCGGCGGCGGUGAGGGCGGCAGCGGCGGUGGCGGUAGCGCGGGCCGGGAUGCGGCGCUACCUGCGGGUCGUAGGGCUGUGCCUGGCCUGCGGCUUCUGCUCGCUGCUGUACGCCUUCAGCCAGCUCGCAGUGUCCUUGGAGGAAGGAGCGGCCGUAGGCCGCAGGCCGCAGGCCGCGGUGGCUUCCUGGCUGGCGGACGGCGGACGCGGCACCGGGAGAGGCGCGGGCAGCGCGGGCCCGGGCCGGACCGGCAGGUGUAAGGAGGUCUCUCUGUCUUACUGGAAUCCCUAUUGGAUGCUGCCCUCUGAUGUUUGUGGAGUGAACUGCUUUUGGGAAGCGGCUUUUAGGUAUGGUCUGAAAACAAGGCCCACUGAGAAAAUGCACCUUGCUGUUGUCGCCUGCGGUGACAGACUGGAAGAAACUGUGACCAUGCUGAAGUCAGCUCUGAUUUUCAGCAUCAAGCCACUGCACGUCCACAUUUUUGCUGAAGACCAACUGCACGACAGCUUUAAAGACAGACUGGACAGCUGGUCAUUUCUACAGAGGUUCAACUAUAGCCUGUACCCCAUCACCUUCCCAAGCGACAGUGCCGUGGAGUGGAAGAAGCUCUUCAAGCCCUGUGCUUCCCAGAGGCUCUUCUUGCCAUUGAUACUGAAAGGGGUUGACUCACUGUUGUACGUCGACACGGACGUCCUCUUCCUGCGACCUGUUGACGACAUCUGGUCGCUGCUGGAGAGAUUCAACUCCACACAAAUCGCCGCCAUGGCGCCGGAGCACGAGGAGCCCAGGGUCGGAUGGUACAACCGCUUCGCCCGGCACCCAUACUAUGGGCGCACAGGCGUGAACUCGGGAGUGAUGCUCAUGAACAUGACCCGGAUGAGGAGAAAGUACUUCAAGAACGAUAUGACCACUGCACGGCUACAAUGGGGAGACAUACUUAUGCCACUGCUUAAAAAGUACAAACUAAACAUCACAUGGGGUGAUCAAGAUCUGUUAAAUAUCAUGUUUUAUCAUAAUCCAGAAAGCCUUUUUGUCUUCCCGUGUCAAUGGAAUUACCGGCCAGAUCACUGUAUAUAUGGAAGCAAUUGCCGAGAAGCAGAAGAGGAAGGAGUCUUCAUUCUUCAUGGAAACAGAGGGGUUUACCAUGACGACAAGCAGCCAGCUUUCAGAGCUAUGUAUGAAGCACUAAGAAAUUGUUCUCUUGAGGAUGAUUCCGUCCGUUCCUUACUCAAACCUUUAGAACUGGAACUACAGAAGACAGUUCACACGUAUUGUGGAAAAACUUACAAGAUAUUUAUCAAGCAGUUGGCGAAAAGCAUAAGAAACCGUUACGACACACCACCAAAGGAAAGGUGAUUCUUCAUGACGAAGUACACUGAAGAAACAGUAAUGCCUCAGGAGAUGUGAAGGAAUGGUAUUGGAAAAGGAUUUAGGGGGCGUUUCUGUCUCCAGAAUAAUCCUCUUUGGAAGAAUUAAACGAGCAGUAUAUUCAUGCCAUGAAGAAUAAGUUAAACUCUGGUGCUGCAGUAAGAAGACGGUUUGUAACGUUACUUGGUGUCUUUCCAGCAUCAGUGAAUGCAUUGGACAGUGUGGGCUGUGGGGCUGGGUUGGCUCAUGAUCAAGUAAGUAAGGACUGGGAGGAUGGGGAGAAAGUGUACCUCGGACAUAGUGGAGACAUUCAAGCUGUGAGUGUAGCAAUAAUUUAUGUCAGCACUAACCUCACUUUAAGUGUGAGAAAAGUUUACAGGAGCAGAAAGGUUCUGUUUCUUAAGAAAUGUGAUGUAACCAAUGUAACUGUUGACAAUCUAUGUACCACAUACAUUUCAUCUCUGCUCUA